GCUCUGUUAGCGAAAGAAAGAUGGAGUCUCUAGCUCCAUGGCGGUGCUUCUCUCCCCCUCCGCCGCUCCCCCGCCGGUGUAUUGAUCACCACCGCCGCCAUGUUCGUUUCCCUGUCUCCUUCUCCUCCUCCUCUGCGUCAGGGUUUUGGACCCAAUUCGCGGAUGAGAAGGUUUCUCCGUUUGCUCAUUGUACGACGGCCUUGCGCCGCCGCACGGGUUCAGCCUUUGAGCACCUUCUUCAUGCUGUGAAUUCAUCUGCAGUUGGUCGCUCGGAGGAGGAACUGGAAGACGAACAUGACGCGGACUGGGAGUCGGAAUUCCUUGGGGCUAUUGACCCGUUGGAUCAGCAACCACCAAAGAAAAGGAAAAAGCAGCAGAAGUCGAAAUUGCUCGAGGAAACUGAAGGUAUGGACUGGUGUGUAAGGGCAAGGAAAAUAGCCCUCAAAACUAUUGAGGCCAGAGGCUUGUCUCAUAAAAUGGAGGACUUGAUGUCUGUUAAGAAGAAGAAGAAGAAACAUAAAAAGAACAAGAAAAAGAUGGUAGUAGGCAAAGAGAAAAGUAAGAGUGAAAGUGUUCCUGAAGAUGAUUCCGAUUUUGAUUCGGAAGAGGGGACAAGCACUCACUGGCUAACAGGGCGCGACCAGACCUACUCAGAUCAGAUUGUCGGCUUCGAAGAAGAUUUGAACUUUGAAGAUAUAGAUGGCUUGUUGGAGGACAAGACGAAGGAAGAGAAGAAGAAGUUGACGGAGCUCUAUUUUCAGAGACAAUUUGAAGAAGAGAAGAAGAAAUCGAUGGAGCUGUUUGUUCACAGACUAUCCCAAUUUUCAGGUCCAUCUGAUCGGAGGAAGGAAAUCAACCUGAACAAGGCUAUAGUAGAAGCACAGACUGCAGAAGAAGUGCUGGAAGUAACAGCUGAGACAAUCAUGGCGGUUGGCAAAGGUUUAAGUCCAUCGCCAUUAUCUCCCCUAAACAUUGCCACUUCACUCCACCGGAUCGCGAAGAACAUGGAGAAAGUUUCGAUGACAAGGACUCGUAGGCUUGCCCUGGCUCGGCAAAGAGAGAUGUCAAUGCUUGUUGCCCUUGCGAUGACAUCCUUACCAGAUUGUUCAGCCCAAGGCAUAUCAAAUAUUUCUUGGGCUUUGUCCAAAAUCGGUGGCGAUUUGCUUUAUUUGACAGAAAUGGAUAGAGUAGCAGAAGUGGCCGUAUCAAAGGUUGGGGAGUUCAAUUCUCAAAACGUUGCUAAUAUUGCAGGGGCUUUUGCCUCUAUGCGGCAUUCUGCUUCCGAUCUGUUUGCUGAGUUGUCGAAGAGGGCGUCUAUUAUAGUUCUCACUUUUCAAGAACAAGAACUGGCUCAGCUGUUGUGGGCACUUGCCUCUCUUAAUGAGCCAGCUGAUCUAUUUCUUGAAUCUCUGGAUAGUGCUUUCGGGAACCGAGACCAGUUCGAAUGCUGCUUGAAGAACAAAAUCCAAAAUUAUGAUGCUGAAGAAAGCAAAGGUGUGAAUGUCGAAGAUUCAUCAGAAUCACCGGUACUUAGCUUUAACAGGGACCAGCUUGGAAACAUAGCGUGGUCUUAUGCUGUUCUUGGACAGCUGGAACGUCCUUUCUUUUCCAGCAUAUGGAAAACCUUGACCACUUCCGAGGAGCAAAGGCUUUCAGAACAGUAUAGAGAAGAUGUCAUGUUUGCUUCACAGGUUUAUCAUGCGAAUCAGUGCUUGAAGCUCGAAUACUCACACCUUCAGUUGUCUCUUGAUCGUGAACUCGAGGAGAAAAUAAGCCGUGCAGGGAAAACUAAAAGGUUUAACCAGAAAGUAACAUCGUCUUUCCAGAAAGAGGUGGCUCGACUUCUCAUCAGUACAGGGCUUGAUUGGGUUAAAGAACAUCCCGUAAGUGGCUAUACCGUGGAUGUUGCUGUGGUUGAUAAGAAUGUUGCUUUGGAGAUCGAUGGACCGACCCAUUUCUCAAGAAACACCGGAGUACCAUUAGGGCAUACGAUGCUAAAGCGGCGGUAUGUUACAGCUGCUGGUUGGAAGAUGGUAUCUUUGUCUCAUCAAGAGUGGGAGGAACUCGAAGGCAGCUCCGAACAGCUGGAGUAUCUAAGAGAGAUUCUCAAAGACUGCUUAGAUGAAAUACCGCAACAGUGAAACAGGCAAGCAAACUUCCCCAGUUUUGGGAAAGUACGGAACUUUCUACAUGAGCCGUUAAAUAUGUACAUGACCGUUGAUGAUCUGUUUAGUACUUCAUUAUUAUGUAUAAGAUUUAUAUAAAAUCUAUGGUUAGUGAAUAAUUCUGUUAUGUUAAAUAACUUCCCACCA